AUGGACGGGGCAAGAGGGCGUCGGUGCCGAAGGGGCCGGGAGCACGGGCGUCGAAGCCACUCGGGCGUGUUCACCUGGAUCUGUGUGGCGCCUUCCCUGGGCGGCAACCUUUACCUGUUCGUCGCGCUCGACAGCGCCCCGCGGUGGAACAAGAUCUACGGUCUCCGGCGGAAGUCCGACGCGCUGGCGGCUACAAAACGGCUGCAGGCGGACGUGGGGCGGUACGACCUCGGCCGCAUCGAGUGCUACCGGAUCGACAACGGCACCGAGUGGACCCGGGGCGAGUUUCGGCGUUUCCGCGACGACAACGGCAUCGGCGUCGAGUUCACCCCGCCUGGCGUCCCGCAGUACAACGGCGUCGUCCAGAGCGCCAUCUGGCGCAUCAUGAAGGCCGGCAUGGCCGCUCGCCGCAGCGCUGCCCGUGUGCUCAACGUCGACUACGCCUCAAUCCCCGGCCUCGACCCGCGCGGUGACCGUCUUUGGUUGGUUUCUGCGAAGUGGGCCGCCGACGCUUUCAACCAGUCGGCGACCAAGGCCAACCCCGGGCGUCGCUCUCCGCACGAGCUAUUCACCGGUCAGCAGGGGCCGUUCCGCGUGCUGCCGUUCUUCCAGCUCAGCUACAUGCGUGAGGAUCGCCGCACCAAGCUCGACGACCAGGCCACCCUGUGCUAUUACCUGAACGGCGGCGACAACCCCCCGAGCGGCACCGUCAAGGUCCUCAAGGCGCCCACCGGCCGCGUCGUCUACACCAACAAUGUGUCGUGGGUGGCGUCGUCGCCAGCUGGCGAGGGGGGUUCCGCUGGCAUCCCCGCUGCGCCGACGCCUCCCCCGUUCACGCCGGUCGUCUUGAUCAACUUCGGCCCAGCCCCGACGCCUUCGACCGCCGCACAGUCGCCGCCAGCGCACACGCCCACGCCGUCGCCCGCACCCGCUCCUGGCCAGCCGCCCUCUGCCGCUUCGCCGUCAUCGUCGGCGACCCCCGCUCCUGGCCAGACUCCUUCUGCCACAUCGCCGUCACCGUCGGCGACCCCAUCUCCAGUUCAGCUACCGCCGUUGCCGCCGCCGCCGCCGCCGCCGGGCCCCGCGUUGCCCCCGCUCUCGGCUCACGCCAUGCGGCAGCUUCGCCCGGGCAAGAAGGCCGAGGGUAUGAAGGACCCGCGGCUGCCAGGCCGCACGAGAUCGGGCACGAGGCACAGCACAGGGCUCAUCUCGAUACUGGACAAGAACACUCUGGUAUCGAUGCUGGAGGCCCAGAGCGCGAUGGAGGAGAAGCACAGGGAGCCAGGGGGAGCGGGGAGCGGAGAGACGGGGGGAGCGGAGACCGGAGAACAGGGGGGAGCGCUCGCAGCCGUGGACCUGGGGGCUGGAGGAGCGGGCUUCUCACUUGCAUGUGCCACGCUCCUCGCCAACCGGGAGCCAGGGGGAGCGGGGAGCGGAGAGACGGGGGGAGCGGAGACCGGAGAACAGGGGGGAGCGCUCGCAGCCGUGGACCUGGGGGCUGGAGGAGCGGGCUUCUCACUUGCAUGUGCCACGCUCCUCGCCAACCGGUUAGACAUCGAUGCCAUGCUGCGCGACCAGCGCCCGCCGGAGCAACGCCCUGAUCACCCGCACUGCCAGGCGAGCGACCUUCGCAUCCCCAAGAGCUACGACGAGGCUAUGGCGUCGGAGUAUCGGCACCUCUGCGGCGACUCGAUGAAAAGGGAGCUCUUCGAGUUGCUGGAAGCGGGGACUUUUCUCCGGCGAAAUGAGUUUGGAUGGGCCACUAAGGCCAAGUCGAGACUUGUAGCGAGAGGUGAUAUGCAGAGAGAGUACAUUGACUUUGGAGAGUUGUACGCGCCUACCGUUUCUGUUUCGUGUGUUAGGAUGUUGGCUGCGUUGGCGUGCGAGUUGAACCUCGACUUGUGUCAUUUCGAUAUUGAGCACGCUUGUGUGCGUUCGGAGUUGGAAGAAGACGUAUAUAUGCGAUGGCCGCAGGGAUGUGGAGCUCUAUCUGGAAUGAUUGUAAAACUAGGCAAGAGUCUGUAUGGCUUGAGACAGGCAUCUAGGCAGUGGCAUGCAAUGCUGAAGAGGUUGACGAUUUCUCAGCAGACUUUCACGGAUGAGCUAGCAGCAGAGUAUGGAGUAGCAGGGGGUAAGAGCGUUCCCAUGUCUUCGGGGUUCAAGCUUUCUGACUUUGAUGCGGAUGAAGAGGCGACAGAUUUUCCGUUUCGUGAGAUAGUAGGACCUUCGAUGUGGCUGGCGGCUCAGACUAGGCCAGACAUUGCGAAUGCAGUAAGGGCAGUAGCUAGAUAUUGCGCGUCUCAGAAGCAGGUGUACUGGGAUGCAGCGAUGGGUAUAUUAGGGGGUACGCUGAUGCGGACUUUGCGAGCAAGGCAGCAGACCGUAGGUCGGUAGCAGGGGGGAUAGUAACAUGCGGAGGAGGCGUUGUGUCUUGGUUUUCCAGAACGCAGAAGUGCGCUACGCUUUCGACAACAGAAGCAGGGUAGUAUGUCGCUNGCUAGGCGACGUAGUGAAGGAGAUUUUGUUUUUGAGGCAGAUUUGGCGUUUCAUGUUGCCGCAGGUCGGCAUGCCGUGCAUCCCCGUCUUCGAGGACAACCAGGGGGCGAUUCAACUAGCGCAGAACCCCAUCUCGAACUCGAACUCGAAGCACAUUGAUGUAAGGCACCAUU